UACGAAUUUUUCUCAGUAUGUCAUUCUACACUGCUAUUCAUUUACAAAGCUAUUACAUUACUGUGACAACAGUCCAAAACUCCACAGUGCCCAGUGAGGAAGUGACAGACUUUUGAGCUGAAAAUUCAAGAUCAAAUGCUGUUGUACAAAUCAAGGACAGCAGGAGGGCUGGUCUUCUGCUGUGGACUUUGUAUUGGUUUUUUUGGAUUUUACAGUUACAAGAGCAAAGAACUACCCAUGCAGGGAAACCGCACUAUUUAUCACUAUAACUCAGUUUUGGAGAGCACCAUAGCCGAUGAACUCUAUCACAAGGUUCGAAUACUAUGCUGGGUCAUGACAGGGCCAUCUAACUUGGAAACGAAAGCCAAGCAUGUGAAAGCAACUUGGGCCAGGCACUGUAACAAUGUACUCUUCAUGAGUUCUGUCACUGAUGAAAACUUUCCUACUAUAGGAUUAGAUGCUAAAGAAGGUAGAGACCAGCUGUACUGGAAAACCAUCCGUGCCUUCCAGUAUAUUCACGAGCACCACUUUAGUGAUUAUGACUGGUUCUUGAAGGCUGAUGAUGACACUUAUGUUGUCAUGCAAAACUUGAGAUGGCUUCUCUCCAACUACACUCCCAGCAAACCUAUUUAUUUUGGUAAACGAUUUAGACCAUUUGUCAGCCAGGGGUACAUGAGCGGUGGAGCAGGCUAUGUUCUAAGCAGGGAAGCCCUGCAGCGCUUCAUUGAUGGAUUUGCUAACAACACAUGUACCCACACAAGUGCUGUUGAAGACUUGGCUCUAGGACAGUGCAUGGAAAAGAUGGGAGUCGAGGCAGGAGAUUCACGGGAUACUAAGAAGAGAGAGAUGUUUCAUCCUUUUCCUCCAUCCUAUCACCUCAUUAAAGCAGACGUGGAUGACAUUUAUAAGAGUUAUUGUUAUUAUCCUGUUGUACUGGGUCCACAGUGCUGUUCUGAUAUAGCAAUAUCCUUCCACUAUGUUGUCCCAGAAUGGAUGUAUGUGCUGGAAUACUUUGUUUAUAAACUUCAUCCACAAGGCUAUCAAUAUCAGUAUGAACCUGAAUGCGGACAGGCGGUGAAUAUUUCAUUGUCCCCUGUAGCAGUUGCAAAAAUGGCGAAGCGUUUCACAACAGAACAUGCAAAAGUAGUGAUGAACAAGUAAAGCAGGGGAGAUGAAAAACACUACCUAUCUAAAAAAUUCCGAAGUCAUAUGGGACAAAGAAUGGUUGCAGAUUAAAUUACAUUUAGAAUGACUGUGAAGGAUGGAAUUUCCAAGCUGCUAGAUUCCAGUGUUGUGAAAGGCUAUUCAGAUUUAACAUAUCAUACUCCUAAUGUGAUGACAGUUACUUUUCGCCAUAUUGUUAGCAGGACAGUGAAAUAUUAAUGAGUGAGUUACACACAAUGGAUUUUGCAUAACACCUUUCUCCAGCAGAGAGUCUAAGAAUAUAACUGAUCUUAUGACGUCUGUUGAGAUGGCAAGUUUUCACAGCAGUGACGCUGUUCAUAUCUAAGAAUGUACUUUUGUUUUAUGUUUUAAGCACACGCACUUCAGCAUCAAAACUUAUGUAUAAAACUUGAAAGCUUUAACCAUCAUUUUUUGUAAAUUUACAACAGCUUGACUGAUGAUGAUAAUCCCUGUUAGGUUUUCAACUUUUUAUACACUCAGUCUCUUAAAAAUGUUUUGAAACACACUGACAUAAAACAAGUCAAUAUAUAUGUUGCCAAUGAUCGUACAUUAGGGCUGGACCCUAGACCUCAGCACUAUGUUCUGAAGAUAUCUUCUUCCCAUCUUUCUGCUAAUACUAACAUACAGACUUUAUGACAGAAUUUCCCGCCGCAUAUACUAGAAGGCUGCCUCUAUACAGCAGUUGUGGUACUUGGUUUGGACAUUAGAUAAUAGCAGACACUGAUGUGUGUAAAAGACAGCCCUAGAGGCAAUCACAGACAUUAUUAUUGUUACCUGGUCUGUACACCUUUGCUAUUUGUCUGUUUAUUUUUAUCUGUAGGCCAUUCCUCAACAUUAAUUCCAUUUUUCCUUUGCAAUGGUUGUGUAUUUUAUUAAAUUUUGGUAGCGGCUUCAAAGAUGUGCACACUUUUAGGACAAAAUCAAAAAGACUUGUGAAAGAAAAUCAGAGUCCUUCAACCAAGAUAAGACUGCUGCCCUGAAUUGUUGAAAUAUAACCCCCUUCCCCACAUAGUGAUAAGCAAGUGGGAGGAUCAUGCUUAUGGAAGCACACCAGUGGAACUGUAAUGCAUUGGAUCUGCUGUUUGUAUCCUGUAAACCAGUCAUCUAAAUUCUGUGGGUGCUGUCUGUUGAAUAACUUUGUGUCUACUGCUAUCUAGUGUCUACAUAAGGAAUAUGCAGACAGCGUUUUAUAGUACAUGGCUUGGUAAAAAGUUGGGUCUGGUGGCAAGUCUUUACACACAUGAAGUCUGAAACUCAAAUGUAUGGCAUUAUUUAGUGACUUCAAUCUACAGUGAUUUGCCAGAAAACCACAAGUUUUAAGAGGAACAAACCAAAAAUAUGGGCAAAAAAUCUGGACAUUCUGUGAAAAUCUGGACUGCUGAGAGCUAUGUGUAAUGAUUCUCUAAGAAUCUAAAGUCUAAUCAUCCUUGCUAAUUUGAAAGUGGAAGGGCCAGCUGCAGAACUGAAAAGAUGGUGCAAAGACCUUUAGUCAUUGACUAAAUAGUCAUUUGGCAGCAUCAAGCCGUAAACUAAGUAAAGUCAAGGAAAAGUAAUGCAUGCUGUUGUGUUCUGCACACACCUGAUAAAGUAAAGUUAGACAGCAAAGGUUGCUAAAGUUGUAAUCUUUUAUUUCAGGAAAAACAGUGUCGCAAUGACUAUAGAUGGGAGUUGAAAGUGAAUAAAGCAAUGUGACACUAAAGUUUAGUACAACAACAAAGACAUAGGAAGAAGCAGUCAUAGAAUUGCUGGGACAUUUGGCAUGCUAGUGCAAUCUUUACAUGACAUGGAACACCUUCUCUCUUUAAAGACUGUCCUCACUUAAGCAUGAUUAUCAUGAAGAUAUAGCAUAUUAAUUAUCGAUGAUGAUAAUUUACUGUUAUAGACGAAAACAGAAUCCUAGUACUACUCCACCCUAACACACUGAGCAUACUGUUGUGUGGUAUGCCAUCUUGGCUUUCUUGGCACAGCUAAGCUGGAAGAACACGCUUCUGCACACACCAUUUCUAAUACUUGCAUGCCCACCUUUGCCAGACAGUUUUUUCCAGUAUUUUUCUUACUAGGCUCAAAACAAUUUCUGCAAACGGCAACAUGUGGUACAUCACAGCAUAUUCUCCUCAAACGUCAUAUUACUUGGACUGAAUUGGUGUGACAUCACUUCAGAAAAUCAUGCAAAGCAAUGGAAAUUAAUCUGAGGCUGCAGGUGUUUCUUUCUACCUUCCAUCUGAUGGUGUAGUCUAGUCUUUGUUGUCAGUGUCUGCUUUUGCUGAGCACAUAAAACAAAAAAUAGAAUGCCAGUUUGACUUAAAAAUAGUUUCUGUUGACUUCAGGAUAAAGUGAGACAAGUUUCUAAAACCCUUUAUACUUAAAACAUGUUAACUGCAGGAACUUGCUAAUUAUGUGUUCAAAGGUAAGGCAUACAAAGUAAAUGCAAUGUAGUCACUUCACAAGGGUUCAAACAAUUAAAUCUCUUUCUCACUCCACAUAGUAUUAAUAAGUAUAAUAUAAAAACAAAAUUACUCAUUUGCUUUUAGGGAAGUCUUCUGAUGGAAAACUUCUUCAUCUUAGCAGGUGUGCAUUUACAAGGAGACAUAAAUGCCAUACAUUUUCAAUCACAGAAGCUCCAUCCUAGAAAACAGCAAAAUAAAACAAAGGACAGCUUACUUUGCAAUUUUAAAACAGUCAGAAAAAUCUUAAUGAAAUCCAUCAUUUUGAGUGGCUGAAACAACUUUUUUAAAGUGAGUUAAAAAUUUAAUUUCAAAUUCUAAAGAAAAGCAGUGCAAGCAAAGCAGUCCAAGAAUCAAUCAAUAGACAAAAAUUGAGCUGCACAGGUCAUUUUACAUUUAUAGGAAUCAUCGCCUAGAUGUGGGUAGUGCAAGGUCUGUCUGAGGUCAGUUUUGUUAAUCACAUCAUGCUAGUGAUUCUAGCUACAAAACCCUCAGUCUGCUCCUUUAACAUACUGGCCAGUGGUGAUCUUACUUCGCAUUCUGUUCCCCUUUUCGUCUUCAUGAUUCUGCUACCCAAUGUCCAGUAUGUUUCUUGGCUUGUCACAUCCAUACUUAAAAUGAAGGAUUCUUUAUGGUGACUAAAAAAACUAAACAUGGUAACCAUUUGAAAUGUCGGCACCCCCCUAUAGCGAGUCCUGUAAUGUGGCAAUUGAAUGCCCAAAAACAAUCACCUUGCAUAUACCAAGUCUGAGAUGGCUAUUUCUUGGGAUAUUCCCUUUUGUUUGAGGUACAGCAAUCUUUGGUAUUUUGGCAGUGUGUCUGGGGGAGGAUUGCCUUCCACAUUUGGGGUGCAUGGGGCUUGCCUCCCUGCAAAAAAAAAAGAAGUUUAAAAGAAAAGAACAAUGUUUAGGAUUUGCUCUUCUCCUGCAUUUUCAAUAAUUUUUUUGGCAUGUUGGCACUCGUUAUUUUGCGUGCCGACAUUUCAGAAGGGAGCCCCAUACCACAGCUAUUUCCUAUCAUUCUUGUAAAUUCACAUCACUGCAUAUUCAGUUUGCUAUGAUAUUGUCAUUGUUUUUGUAGUGCCUGUUUGGAAGUUGGGCAUCUGAUCCCACAGGCAGUCUGCUUUCUCUACUUUUUUACAUGAGCAUUAAUAAGAUACAGCAGGAGAACUGGGAUUGGCUGCCUCAGGUAAUACAUGCAGUCACCAUCCAACCUUAUUUGCUUUAUAAUUCCAGAGUUUUCAGCAACAAUUUUGAGUCAGCAGGGCAUUUUUGGAAUAUAUUAACUUUGUAUAAGCAAUAGAGGCAUACAAACAUACUAUUGUAAUACAUGGUAUACAGUUAUUACCCCUGGAAAUUGAGUAAAUAAUAACAGGUUUUGUGAGGUUUUUACAUUGCAGCAACUAUUAUUUUCACAUUUACUUACUUAGGACCCUUAAAAUAACAAAUGUAAACAGCCCUUACUGAAAUUACACCCUCACAACCAGAUGUUCUUUGUAAGCGUGUUAAAGGUAGUGAAUGACAGUGUAAAUGCUGUGAUCAGUGUGGUUCCUCCCCAACUCCUCCAACUUAGAAAAGAUUGAAAUUGAGGCUGCAUAUGAUGUAACAAAGAUUGCUUUAAGAUACUCUAAUUCUGAUGAAAAAGAUUUUAUUUUGUGCCUUGGCUAAGAACAGAAGCCAGUCAUGUAGUAGUAUCAUUAGGGCUUUAAAUUUCUUUAUGUUAAUAUUAAUUACCAGGAAAUUUUAAACAAACAUCUAAUUUCCAUAUUUCAAAAAAGUGAGGUAAGUAAUUCUGAUUCUAAACUAAUGAAAAUGCUAAACAGCUCUAGAAGGUUUGUUUACUGCAUGCCAAAAUUUGUAUAUCAUGUGUUUUUCUCUACAAGAAACAUAAUGUUUCGUUUGUAAUGAACAGUUAUUCAGUUUCAUUAAAGAGACUGCUUAACCUGAA